GGGGCGCCCAGUUGGCGUCACCAGGACAACGGGCGUUGCCGGCGCCGUGUGACUCUGGGCUGUGGGCGCGCCUGUGGCUCUUCGGCCAUGGUUUUCUCAAAUAAUGAUGAAGGCCUUAUUAACAAAAAGUUACCCAAAGAACUUCUUUUGAGAAUAUUUUCCUUCUUGGAUAUAGUAACUUUGUGCCGAUGUGCACAGAUUUCCAAGGCUUGGAAUAUCUUAGCCCUGGAUGGAAGCAACUGGCAAAGAAUAGACCUUUUUAACUUUCAAACAGAUGUAGAGGGUCGAGUGGUGGAAAACAUCUCAAAGCGAUGCGGUGGAUUCCUGAGGAAGCUCAGCUUGCGAGGUUGCAUUGGCGUUGGAGAUUCCUCCUUGAAGACCUUUGCACAGAACUGCAGAAACAUUGAACAUUUAAACCUCAAUGGGUGCACAAAAAUCACUGACAGCACGUGUUACAGCCUUAGCAGAUUCUGUUCCAAGCUGAAACAUCUGGAUCUGACUUCCUGUGUGUCCAUUACAAACAGCUCCUUAAAGGGGAUCAGUGAGGGCUGUCGGCACCUGGAGUACCUGAACCUGUCAUGGUGUGAUCAGAUCACGAAGGAUGGCAUCGAGGCCCUGGUGCGGGGUUGUCGCGGCCUGAGAGCCCUGCUGCUGAGGGGCUGCACGCAGCUAGAAGACGAAGCUCUGAAGCACAUUCAGAAUUACUGCCAUGAGCUUGUGAGCCUCAACCUACAGUCCUGCUCACGCGUUACGGAUGAAGGCGUGGUGCAGAUUUGCAGGGGCUGCCACCGGCUGCAGGCCCUCUGCCUGUCUGGCUGCGGCAACCUCACGGAUGCCUCCCUCACAGCCCUAGCCUUGAACUGCCCAAGACUUCAGAUCUUGGAGGCUGCCCGAUGUUCCCAUUUGACUGAUGCAGGCUUUACACUUUUAGCUCGGAAUUGUCAUGACCUGGAGAAGAUGGAUCUCGAAGAAUGCAUCUUGAUAACCGACAGCACACUCAUCCAGCUCUCCAUUCACUGUCCUAAACUGCAAGCCCUGAGCCUGUCCCACUGUGAGCUCAUCACGGAUGAUGGGAUCCUGCACCUGAGCAACAGCCCUUGCGGCCACGAGAGGCUGCGGGUGCUGGAACUGGACAACUGCCUCCUCAUCACUGACGUGGCCCUGGAGCACCUGGAGAACUGUCGUGGCCUGGAGCGCCUCGAGCUGUACGACUGCCAGCAGGUCACCCGCGCGGGCAUCAAGCGGAUGCGGGCCCAGCUCCCUCAUGUCAAAGUCCAUGCCUACUUUGCUCCUGUCACCCCGCCGACAGCAGUGGGAGGAAGUGGACAGAGGCUAUGCAGGUGCUGUGUCAUCCUCUGACAGCAGCUGCCUAGCCCAGGGCUUCACGAGGUGUCCCUUCCUCCCGAGGACCCGAGUCUUUCUGACGUAGUCCACCAUCAUCCAAAUCUGUUGAUUCUCCAUUGGGAAAGGCAUUUACAGGUAAAAGACUUCUGCAGGGACUGCAGUAACUCUCGUGAUAGUUUUUACCUUUAUUCUGCUGUGAUGCAAUCAAUUCGAAGCCUUGUGUCAAUUACCACAGGGCAAGAGUGGUCAUAGUGCAGCCAGGACCACGCAGGAGCCCUGGAUCUCUAGAGGUGGGUGCCUCCCUCGGUACAGGACUCCUGCCCUUGGCUUUGUCAGCAUUCCUCGAACAGACCAUUAGUGUUAGCACAAAUUGAGCAGAAAAAUAAGCUGUUGAUUUUCUACCUGAUACUUCAGCCAGUGGCCUACUUUUAUUCACAACGAUUCCAUUUUGAUUAGCAGGACUUUUCCACUUUGAAGAUUAAAUAGCAACUUUAUCAAAGUGACUAUACUGCAAAUUCAUAAUGCCUGACAGUUUUCUAUGUAGCGACUUACGUGGAAGGCAAGUUAAUAGGUUUCCAUGAGACACCAAAGAAUGAGGACUCUAAACAGGGUGAAGCAAGGUCUUCACCUUUCUGUUUCUGUCAACUUGUCAUAUAUCCUUUUGGGGACCAAAAACUAAACAAAAGCAACUCAGUUUGUGUUGGCUGAUUGGAAAUCAUAAGCUCUGGCGUAGGCUGUGGCACAUAAUGUGUUGUUGUUAUAGAAAAGCUGAUCAUGUCAUGUCUCACAAACUUUGGGGGACCUUAAAGAAACAGAAUUAAGGCUCAAGUUAUCUAUAAUAUAAUCAAUUAAAAAUAAUGGAUGCAUGUAGAAUGGGUGUGAUUUUUUUCCAAGUUUAUUUUAAAAUCUUAGAAAUCAAGUUACACCAGGACUAUUCAAAAAUUUUACACACUUAAAACUAAAAUCAGUAAAGUGUUGGCACCUUUGAGACUUAUAUAAAAAUGAAUAAACCACUGCAAUGCUUAAGCCAGAGGGUUUUAUUGCUAUUAUCUCAUGGCAGACAAAUCUGAGCAAAUCCAUCUUCCAAAUUCAGGCGUUCCUAAUGUUACCUGAAAUCUGAUAAGAUGAUCUGGUUUCUGCUCUGUGCUGUCCACAUUUGUGACCUUUACUGCAUCUCUGUGUUAAUGGUAGCCAACCCUUCUUAGUAACCACGCCCCAAACUGAAGAGCCCAGAGCUCACGAGAAGCUGAGGGAAACAGCAAAAACGAGAAAUUUCCCCAUGACGAGCAAUACUUCUAAUUGGGUUACGGUUCUAUUAGGUGGAGAGUUUUAGAAGCAUUUAGGAUACAAGGCCUCAGCUGCAUUCUGGGGAGAGAAGGCAAAUAGAUGGAUAUACAACUCUAUAAAUCAAUCAACAGGAUUAUCAGAAUAAGCAUUAAAGUCCUGAUGAUUCUGCUGCCUUAUUGUGUGUAUACCAUAGCAGUUAUCUAAAUAUACAUUUACACCACUGUGUGGGGGAAAAAAUGGCUGUUGCAGGAAGCUAUGAAUAUAGUUUCUAUUUUAAAAAUUUAAAUGACCAUGGGCCUUCUAUACAUUAUCUCUUUUGAGCCUGGACACAACCUCUCACAGCUGCUGGACUCUGGCUGAAUGACGUUGGACCACAUCUACAAAACAGGAGAACCUCUGUUAAGAAAAAUCAGGUUUGCUUCCCCUUUAAGUGUGGCACAGUCACUGGAUAAGCUGUCCUCAGUUUGCAUCAGCUUUGAGGAAACAAACUGAAAACACACACUCCCAUCAGCUCUUAUAACAACAUUGGGACUGGUGUGUACUCAGAACAUACACAGUGAACUCCUUGAUUCUAUGACAUGAGGUGACACACUGGCAGGAACUUGGAUUUUAAAUGAGACACACAUUUGCAAAACAAUCGGAAAACAUUUAUUAUACUGAAAUGUGUACAUCCUACUAUUAAAAAAACAAAGUAGCAAAUUUGCUGGUGCCAUAAUUUAACCUGUUUCACUGGGACAGACUAAUGUGCUGCUUGGUGUCAUUUCAAGUUUGAUGAGCUUUAAUUAUUUUUACCCCACUUGUAAAACCUGAUGAGGAAUUCAAAAUAGCACACAGCAUUAAAAAUGACAUUUAUUGUUCCAUAAAUCUUGAGACUCAAAAAGGAAUGCUAAAUAGACAAGCAAAACUCUAAACAAUUAAUUAAGAGAGAAGCUCACUUCUUUCCCAAGUGACUGGUACAGAAAACAUGUGGUCAUACAAAAGCAAAGGGAAAAUGACGGAAAGGAAAGCUCUCCUGCUUUAGGGUCUAUACAAGUUGUUAUGGAUAUUUUCAAACCAAAGAUGGAAUAUUUAGAGACAUUACUUUUUCAUAUCAAAUAACCCCCUUUAUGAAUAAAACAUAAAAUGCCAAAGCUUUCACCCACUGAAGUAGUUUUGUCUUCUGGGAGAGAUUUUAAACUCAAAAUUACCCAUUCUUAUUUCUGCCUGAACAAAGAUAAGGAUCAAAUAAUACACUCAAAACCAAGACACUGGGUAAACGGACAGAGAUGGUAUAAUUAAAAUGGAAUCGAAGUUUGAAAAGAAAAUUGUGUCUAGUACACCACAGGCCUCAAAUGCUUGCUGAUGAAUUUUGGGAAGGCUUUGGGUGAAGGGAAGAGAUAAUAAUGAUUGAUUGAUUGAUUGAUAGUAGAAAAAAUUGCAAAAACAGUGAUUCCCUUUGGAAAGUAUACUGGCCAACAAGCAUUGGUUUUGUGAAAGAGGCACUCUUUUUAUAGAAAAAGAAGCUAUUAUGUGGUGUAUAAAAAAGUCCCUAAAUAAUCACCAGAAUGUUACCCGUGAUUGUACUAAAGCUCCAUAUUAGAGAAAUGUGAGGAAUUUUGAUGGUACAAUAUAGUGUUUGUGAUGUCUAGUGUUCCACAAAUAAAUUUCAACUCUUGAUAAUGAAGACCCCUUAACACCAAGUCAGAAACUAUCACACUGUUUUCUGCUGCUUAGGUGUAUUUCCAAUGUUGGGGACAGGUCUUUAAAAAAGUUCAACAACAGUAUGGUGCAGGGUGGAGUGGGUGGUCAGAGACAGAGAGAGGGAGGAAAAGGAGAAAGAAAACCACAUGAGUUUAAAAGGCAUUGGGGCUUCAAAAAUGAAAACCAAAAUGCUAAAAACGGAAGCAGAAGCAAAAAGUUUUUCAAUAAAUCUGUGACAAAGCAAAAACACAAAAGUCUUUGUACCUAUUAGGAUUUACACUGAUCCUCUCACCAAGGUACUCUUGAUAAUGCAGUUUGCUUCACGCCCCUCUUCCUGGCUUGGGGCUUCUCCGAUCUGGCAUGAUCACGGCAGAUGCGCACCCUUAGACAUGAUUUUUUCCAAGAAGGCGCCAAGCCUCUCCCCUGACCAGUGAUCGGCCCGUAUCAGCGCCGGCCUCCCUCUCUCCACACGUGGAUUUGGCACUGGCCCCGCAGCAGCCAGUGCCCCCCCACCCCGACCCAGGUCAGCAUAAGGUCCCGGCAGCAGAAGCCGAACUGGCCCAGAAAGGUAAAUGCCCACAGUACGUCUUUACAUUCAUUUCCAAACCGCAUACAGUGUAAAGAGACAGCGAAGGCUGCUUCUAGGGACUGUGUCUACUGGCCUCUCUGGCAGAGAAGCAGGCGGCCUACCUGCACCGGGGCCCGACGUGCUCACUGUCCCGGGCCGAGGCCGAGGCAGUGAAGCGAAGGAGACGUGCCUCUCAUCCAGCUUGUGAGAAGGGUCAUCCUGUGUUUUCAAUAUGAAACAUUUCAUACGGUAAAAUCCAAUCCCAAGACUUCUUGGAUUCAGUCUUCACACACUUUUAAGCGUAACUUUAACUGGUGCUGAAUAGAGUUCAGACUACGUCAAGACGUCACUUCAAAAUUAUGUGGACGCCACCGCCGUUUUCAGCUGUGGAAAAAAGAAAGGGACGUUAGGCUCAAUUUUUUACCAGGCUGGAGAAUCAAGACUACGUUGAAACACUCCUAGAACUCUACAACCCCCCGCCCCAGUUCAGAGGGUACCUUUAAAUAUUCUAGAGGAAAACAAGCUAACUUGCUCCAGUCCCUCUUGCCUACGGCAGCAUCACAUGCACAUUCCCUUGGCCCGCCCCACCCCCGACCUGAGGGCAAGGCACAGGGCACAGACUAUCCAAUGAACUGGGUGCUUACAUCCACCUUUUCUGGAAAUAAUUUUUGAACUCCUCAAAAGUAGAUCUGAAACAUUUUAAAAAAACACAUCACUACUUUUGCGCGAUGGCCUAGUGUUUCUCGGGAGAUGGCGAGAAGCAGCAGUACAGGCGGUCAUCAAGGAACAAAUGAAUUUUUCCAUAAGGACCAAUGUCUGAAAACAGUACACUGAGCAAGCCGGGGACGUCCUGUGAUGCCUGACACCAGAAACCCCACCGCCUUCACAGGACGCAGCCACACGUUCACUGUACGAGCUGCCUCUUUUUAUAGACAGUGUGAGUUUUGCAGAGUAAAAACUGCAUUGUUUUGAGAACGAAAAAUUGAGCCAGAAGGGUGCUAAACUAAACAUGUCUGAUGAGAAAAGAUAAAGUGGGCCAGUUCACAGACUGAACAGCCCUGCACCGCAGGUUAACUUGGUGGCUUAGGAGACACGUCUGGCACAGGGUGAAGUCCUAACUUCAGCCCCUGCCUUCUAGGUGGGCUGCUCUCUUCCCAGGAAAGGGUGACACGUGACAUCAUGCUCUUUGAGGUGCAGCUUUAGAUCUUAACUCAUCAGACUUUCAAACGUCUCUUCUCAUAGUAACUUUACAUUUAAAAAACCCCUCCUUUAUCCAGCCCUAUAACUGGAACUCUGCUGAACCCCGUCUGGGCCCGCUCUUCACAUUCUCUCCCUCCAUAACCUCAAGAAUUUCUACUGCUUUGAGUCACGGCAGACACACUGAAGGCUUCCAGGUUUACACCUCAAGCCCAGGCCUCUCUUGCCAGCCCCAGCCGGCUAUGAUUUCCACGUCCUAAAACAGAAGCCUUGGCCGCUUCCCCCAAGCCCGCCUACCUCUCCACCGGGACCACCGACCACCGCCUGCCCAGCUGCUCCUGUGAGAGUCACAACCACUCCUCCCUCCAAUGUGGAGCCCAGCAGGGCCCUGUCUAUCAGCGUCCAAGAUCCCGUCACCUCUCAUCUAGAUGACAUCUCCUGCCUCCAGUUUUCCCACCUUCUUAUCUGUCUCCACAGAGUUGCGAGUGGAAGAAAAGAAAAACCUGUUCACGUUACUCGUCUGUUUAAACAACAUCGCUGACUUUGCAAUGCAUUUCAAAUAAAAUCUAAACUCCCACCACCCCCAGGCAUUGCCUACCAGACCCGCCUCCAACUCCGCUUGUCCUCGCCCUGCACAGCAGCCACGGGCCCUCUCAGGCCUCCAGAGCAGCCACGCUCCUUCCUCUGCACCCGGCCCCGCGCCAGCUGGGGUGCUGCUCCUCGUGUGUUCAGUUCCCCCUCAGGCUCCAGGUCUCAGCGUUCGUGACAGCUCCUCAGAGAAGCCUCCACAGCUGCGUGGCCCCCUCAUCCACAAGCAACCCCACUUCCCCAUUCAUUCAUGGCACUUAAAUUACCUAUUUGUAAUCUGUGUGUAUUUAUGGACCAAUUCUGGUUUCCUUUCCCCACUACAGGAGGGGAAGACCUUUCUAGCACCAACGGCAUGUGUCUGACAUGAGGUGCUCAGUAAAAUGUUCGCUAAAUGGACUGGGGUUUUUCUCCAGGCAUCCAGAAGGACUGAUUCCUCUUCCUUACUUGCUCGUUAAUUUCCACAAUAUUUCAGUCACUAGAAAUAUUUCCUUGAUUCCUUUUUCAAACUUCUUAAAAUUAGUAAAGCCAGCAUUUCCAAAAGUAAAUAUGCAAGAUGACUGCUGAUUUCAGGCACACACUAUCUUUCAUGAUUCUCGCAUUUCAAGACACACGUACCUUUUACUGUGGAGAAUAAAAAACAACUCUCAUCUUGAAAGUUCUGAACCAUCUAGAAGGAUAAAGCAGAUGUAUAAUUAAGAUCCAAGUGUCUUUUCUUAACUGAGUAAAAGUAGUAAAAGAAAAAUGUCAUAAUCUAUAUAUAGCUGUACAAGUACAGGACUCAACGGCCAAAAUGGUAAUUCAAAUAGGCAGUGUGAGGUAGCAAGGGCUUACACCUGCUGUACUGGCCAGCUCGGUGCUGACCGUGCUUGCCCAUGGGGGCCCGGCGAUCUGGUCAGUCACCCUCCAGCCCACGGGGAGGCAUUCGCUGCUGGGUUCUGUGAUAGUGACUAACAAAAAGUUGCUGCCAAAGUGCUCUUACUUGCUUGUCACUGAACACGGGGCGGCAGUGAACUGCCCUUCUAACCUCACAGCUUUUUAAAAUCAGCCAUCAAAUAGUACACAAAAGGAAAACACAUUCAAAUGCCUUGCUAAAAAGGGCCAAAGGCUCGCUAACCCAGAGCCCCCCAGUGACCAGUGUCGGAGUUCAAAGAGGGCGGGAUCGGAGCUCCGGUUCUCCUUUACCUGUAUUCCUUCUACCACCCAGGACACCUAGAACUCUUGGUUAUAAAUUCUUCCCAAUCUUGAUUCCCAACUCUGAAAAUGAUUCUCAUGAGUACUUGCCAAAGGAGUCACAGACUUUUUUUCUAUAGCACUUCAGUAAUACAUAUAAAAGUAAAUAUCAGUGUGAAAGGGAAAAGGGCAUGCCAGUUACCUGAUCGCUAACAAGAAUGUGAAUACCGGUGGGACCCUGUCUGUAAACCUGGUUAAUUUGGUGGAAAGGAAUAUUAAACACCAACGCAAGUUUUCGAGCAACUUCUGAAGCAACCAUUUCUUCUAAGUAGAUUGCAUGAUAAACUGAAAUAAAAAAUAAGAACAGCAUUUUAGCAGUAAUCUUUGAUCUAUUUUCCACCUCAUCUAUUGGAAGAUCACUCCUUUCAAAGUACUAAAGAAAUAGAAAAAUUAUAAAGAUAAGAAUACUUCUCCCCUUACUACCCAUGUGAAUAUAAUAAUACAUUAUCUAUGCUCACACAUAAUUUAAUUAACAUUAACCUCUGUACAAAAGUAUCUGAGGUUUUAUCUUAAAAGCAAGCAGGAAGUGACUGCAGAUGGGCACAGAUGAUCAUUCUGGAGUAAUGGGACUAAAACUGGAUUGUGGCGAUGGCUGCAAAACUGUAAACUGAUUAAAGUAUCGCUGAAUUGUGCGCUUGCAGUGGGAGGACUUUGUGGUAUGUAAGUUACACCGAAAGAAAGCCAUUUUCAAAAAUGCUAUGUAUUUCUAGCCAUAUAUAAAAAGAACUCUAAAAAGGUCAUAGUUUUUGAUUCAGUAAACCUACUACUGGGAAUUUAUCCUAAAGAAUAAAAGCUACCUCUCCCCUCUUCC